AUGCGCGCCAGUCUUUACGCAAUGGGUUUCCAAGUCUUUAAUAAGGCCGCGGAGAACAUCUUCGGUGAAUCUCCAAAGCUGGAUGUCAUACUGGAAAACAAGGAUUAUCCAUUCGCCCACGAAGCUGGUGUUUUUAUCCCCAAGCAGAACUCCCUGUUCAUCACAAGCAACCAAUUCAAAGAUCCGGAUACGGGAAAGAAAAAGAUUCAGAUCAGCAAAGUCAAUUUGUCGCCCAAUGGAACUGUACUCGACUCUGAAGAGAUCGAUGCUCCAGGUGUACCCAUGGCCAACGGCGGUGUGAACUACAAGGACGGUAUACUCUUCUGCUCACAGGGAACAAUGAAUGAGUCUGGCGGAAUUGUCUACAUGCAAUCAACGGCACCAUAUAAAUCCGUGAAGCUCGUCAGUUCUUAUCGCGGAAGGGAUUUUAACUCUGUCAACGAUGUGGUUGUCCACUCUGAUGGGUCCAUCUGGUUCACAGAUCCCAUCUAUGGAUCUGAACAGGGUAUCCGUCCUAAGCCAAGACUGCCAAACCAGGUCUAUCGGUAUGAUCCGAGCGAUGAAUCGAUCCGAGUGGUAGCAGAUGGCUUCGGAAGACCAAAUGGAAUCAGCUUCAGCCCUGAUGAGAAGAUUGUUUACAUCACGGAUACAGACUGGGUUCAUGGCGAUGGUACAACUGACGAUACUCGUCCAUCAACCAUAUACGCUUUUGAUGUAGCAACGUACUCAGGCCAACCAUUCCUCAUCAACCGACGAGUCUUUGCCAUGGCCGACACUGGAAUCCCUGAUGGAAUUAAGUGCGACACCAACGGCAAUGUCUACAGCGGUUGCGGUGAUGGAGUCAACGUCUGGUCACCAGGUGGCGUACUGCUGGGCAAGAUUCUCAUUGAGGGAGGUGUUGCAAACUUUUGCUUCGGAAGAGAUGGCGAGGUUUUCAUGCUUAAUGAGAACAAGCUUUGGCGAACUCAGCUUGGUGACGGGGUGAAGGGAGCUCUGCUUGAUAUUUGA